CGGAGGUGUCGUGCGCAUGCGCGGCAGCCUCAGAGUCAUCCCCACAUCCAGGAGUUGUACGGUGUGAGCGGUUCUCUGAGCUGCGCUGGUCAACGUGGAGCCAUUAUCACGACCAAGGACGACCGGGGGACACUCGCCUCUGCCGAACUGAGCCUCGACCGGACCGCAGCCGACCCCGCCGAGUGACCGCGGUUUUGAUUCCUGAUCCAGCUCUCUUCAGUCCUCUGAAGCUCAGCUGUCCUCCAGCAGCGUCAUCUUCUCCAUCUUCUUCUUCUUCUUCUCCGUGAGCAACAUGCCUCCAGCAGUGGGUGGGCCUGUGGGGUACACUCCUCCUGAAGGUGGCUGGGGCUGGGCAGUGGUGGCGGGGGCCUUCAUCUCCAUCGGCUUCUCCUACGCCUUCCCCAAGUCCAUCACAGUGUUCUUCAAAGAGAUAGAGAGCAUCUUUGAUGCCACGCCCAGUCAGGUGUCCUGGAUCUCCUCCAUCAUGCUGGCUGUCAUGUACGCUGGAGGUCCAAUCAGCAGCAUCCUUGUGAACAAAUUUGGCAGCCGGCCGAUCAUCUUACUCGGCGGUUGUCUCUCUGGUUUGGGGCUGAUCGCCGCCUCCUUCUGCAACACUGUGGAGCAGCUCUACUUCUUCAUUGGAGUAGUGGGAGGUUUAGGACUGGCGUUCAACUUGAAUCCAGCCCUCACCAUGAUCGGGAAAUAUUUCUACAAGCGCCGGCCCAUCGCCAACGGCAUCGCCAUGGCGGGCAGCCCUGUGUUCCUGUCCACGCUGGCUCCUCUCAACUCCUGGCUCUACGAUGAGUUCGGGUGGAGGGGCAGCUUCCUCAUCCUGGGCGGACUCCUGUUCAACUGCUGCGUGGCCGGCUCCCUCAUGCGCCCCAUUGGACCCAAACCUCAGCCCGCAAAGGCCGACACGGAGGUGGGCGAGGCCAAGGCGGUGGAUUCAGUGCAGCCGCAGCCUAAGAAGACGGUCCUGCAGACCAUCAACUCCUUCAUUGACCUGACGCUGUUCAAACACCGCGGCUUCCUGCUGUACCUGAUGGGAAACGUCGUUAUGUUCUUCGGCCUCUUCUCGCCACUCGUCUUCCUCUCUAAUUACGCCAAGAGUAAAGAAAUCAGCAAAGAGAAGGCGGCCUUCCUGCUGUCGGUGCUGGCGUUCGUCGACAUGUUUGCCCGGCCCUCCAUGGGCCUGCUGGCUAACACCAGGUGGGUCCGGCCUCGGGUGCAGUACUUCUUCGCCGCCGCCGUCCUCUACAAUGGAGUGUGUCACGUGCUGGCGCCGCUGUCAGUGGACUACACUGGAUUUGUGGUGUACGCCAUCUUCUUUGGUUUUGCCUUUGGCUGGCUGAGCGCGGUGUUGUUUGAGACACUGAUGGACCUGGUGGGAGCUCAGAGGUUUUCUUCAGCCGUGGGUCUCGUCACUAUAGUGGAGUGUGCACCAGUGCUGUUGGGCCCACCGCUAACAGGUACUUUCUAUAACUACUACCACCACUAUGACUACACCUACAUAACCUGCGGCAUCAUCCUCAUUAUCGCGAGCGUGUUCCUCUUCGUGGGAAUGGGCAUCAACUACCACCUGCUGGAGCGAGAGAGGAAAGAGGAGGAGAGGAGAGAAAGAGAGGAGCCCAAGGAGGAGCGCGCCGCCAUGUUGGCGCCGCCCUCUCCGUCAAAAUCGAACGAGAGGGCGAACGAAGACGCGCCAGCUGCCGUCACAAUGGACGACGUCGCCAAGAUGGACGAGGACACGGUGUAGAAAGUUUUUUAUUAAAAAACUGACUCAAGAAGGAUGCACACACAGCAUCGCACACUUCGCAGAAACACACACAAAAAGUUGCAGUUACUCAAGUACAAAUACACGCUGUCUAUAUAUAGAGUGAUAAAACCCUUGUACACAACCCUGAAGCCAUAGAAAGGAUUAUUUUUAUCAUUUAAAACAGAGACCUGCUGCUGUGACGUCAGCCGAACAUAAAGCUUGUCAAGCAGCGUUUCACUGCGUUGAUAUCUCUAGUCUUGGUAUUUGGCGUGCCUUCGGUAAAACUCAAGUCCUCCAGGAGCACACAGAUCAGAUCGCUUAAUGUAAAACACCAGGUAGACGCACAACAGACAGAAUGACUGUAAGAUGAUAAUCCAGUAAAUUAAAUGAGGACUUUACUCUCAGGGUCUUCUUGAAAAUCGCUCGGGCUUCGAGGCUCAGAGUCAAAUGUUUUCUUUUUUUUGUUGCAGUACUUAAAGCUACUGCACAUCUUCCCUCUCAUUCUGCAUACAAACACAUACUUCAGUUGCUUCACUCCUCAAGGGCUGGACAUAAAUUAAAAGGACACAUUCAUGUUACUAUGAGUAAAGUUACAGUAUAUCUGUCUGUUCACAUGUUAGAUCCGGGGGUUUUAUGCAGAUUUAUGCAGGAGAACACAAAAAAGGAACAUUUGUGGUAGAAGUUAAUUAUAACACAGGGAGAGGUCAUGUUUUUAACAUUUAGGCACAAAAAACGAGAAUUGUUUCAAAAAAAUACAAAGGACGUUGAAAGCUAAUGUAGGAGCAGGCCUCGGUGGUCUGAAACUAGAAGGUUACAAUACUAGUUACCUGCAAUGUAGAGGACACUGUUAACAGUGUGCUUGUACAUAAGUGUGUGUGCACUGACUUGUGUGUGUAAGUUUUUGUAUCAUACAUCCUCCAAACACAGCAGCGACAAAAACGAGGCACAUUCGAACAAAAAAAACAAAAAAACAGUCACGCAGUCUCGCUCCUCCUCCUCCUGUGCCCAGCAGGAUGAGACGACUCACAGUAUUAAAUGACACCACAUGCUGGUUUAUGGAGAAUAACCACAGCAAUAGAUGGGUAUACUGGGUUUGUGUGUGUGUGUGUGUGUGUGUGUGAGACCUGCCCAGCUGUGGUGCCAAAAUAAGAAAAAAAAAAAAUCUCACUCUGAAUCAGAAAAACAUCCUAAUUUCUCAUCAUUUUUGGAUCAUAGGACUUACAGCACCCUGUAGUGUUGUUUUUUAAAAUUGUGAAUAACACGUUGUAGUUUACAAUUAUAUCAACAAACCUGAAAAAAAAACUAUUUUAGCUCAGUGUCUAAUGACAAUCUGACAGCAAGUAAUAUUUUUAGUGUGUGUGUGAGAGAGAGAGAGAGAGAGAGUGAGUGACGGUGUGUGUGUGACAAGUUUAAACUGUAUGUUUCAUCAUUUCAUUUGUUUCAUUUGUUGAAAUUCAGCAGUUUGUCUCGAUAAACUGUACAGAAUGUGUCAUAUCAUUGAGUCUGCGAUAUUUUUUUUUUGUGUAAAAAUCGAUCACAUAUGAUCAAUAAUUUUGAUUGGUGGCUGCUGUUGUUCAGGGGAGACACUUGUGCAAGCGGAACAGAAGAAGACACGUUCACCCUCUUCAGCCUGAACAAACGAGCUUUCCUUAUUUUCAUUAUGGGGAAAAUAAAUGGAGGUUUUAAACAAUUCUUUAUUUAGUAUAGAUCUUUGAUGCUGGAAAGUGUGUAAUUUUUGAAAUAAGUAAUAGUCCUGAAGGUUUUUCAUUUAAAGAUUUACAAGCAUAAAUCAGUUAUUCUACAUUUUUCUUCAAUGUCAACAAAUCCCUUGAAAAGACCAGAAGCAAAAGCAGCCGAUCAUUACUUUCAUUAUCAUCAUCAUUUCAUUUUCUCAGUUAAUUGUUUUGGUCUGUAAAUGUCAGCAAAGCAUGACAAAUGUCCAUCACAGGUUUCCGUAGUCAAAGGUUAUGUCUGCAAAUGUCUUGUUUUGUGUGACAGUCCAAAAUAUAUCCAGUUCACUGUCAUACAAGAAACCAUCCUGUGUUUGUGUAUUUAUCCACAGCAGAAAAUGCACUAUUUCCUUAUGUUUGAGUUACAUUUGCUAAAAACUGGCCUGCUGUUUUUGGAAAUAACUGAGCCUUAAAAACUUUUUAUUUUUUUCAGUAGGAUACCAGAAAGUACUGAGAAGUGGACUAACACAGUAUACAUUCUGGUCUUUUCAUGGGAGUUGUUGACAAUAACAAGAAUAUAAAUGCAACCAGCUUUAACCUUCAUAAUCUACUUUUCCAAAAUUACCCAAUGAGUGGUCAGCUGCUCCAACAUCUCUCUCUUCAUUCACAAAUAUGAGUGUGUGAAGCAAUAAGGUGACAGCCAGUGAGUCAGAUCACGUUUUCUGUUAAAGUGGGAAUAUAAAUGAAUGUGUUGAAAAGGUGUGUGUUUACACUGUAUGCUACCUUUUUGUUGUUUUGAAAGCUGUUUUGAUGAUUAUAAAAUGACCAAAUAUAAGUAUUCAUUUUUAAACCAGUCACUCACAAAAUGUAAGAUGUUGUCUAAACGUAAAAUUUUUGACAGAAAUCGUGUUUGUUUUGAGGUAUUGUUGGUAUCAAUGGGAGAAGAGUUUCAACUGUUCAUGUGCUUGAAUUUGGGAUGAUGGACAGGUUCAUGUUUCAGUGGAAAUAGAGAAAUCAUAUUCAGACCAGCCUGCUAUUUCUUGUGUGUAUCCACAUUCCCCUGCUCUAAACACAACAUUUUCUUUCAUUUAUAUUGUUUGCUGUCAGCCAACACACUGGUUUGAUUUUUUGUAAUUUAAAAAUUGACUAAAACCUUCACUUAUUUUGCCUCAGAGAUGAGUAAUUGAGAAGAAAAGACUGCAACAAAACCAUUUCAUUGAAAAACUGAAUGUUAGUGUUUUCCAGUGCUGGGGUUUUUGAAAAUGGUACUGUAAUUAGCCACAGCACCUUUUUGUGUUAAAAAAAAAAAAAAGAGAGAGAUGAACAAAUCAGUGUGUUAAGUUUCUGGAAAAUAACUUUUUUUCUUUUAGUUGCAGUAGAUGUUUUUAUGUUUUUAUGACUGGAGAAUGAAUGAAUAAACGGUUUGUAAAACAGAA